AGAACGCUUUUUUUCCUGCUCAACCCACCGACCACGAUACAACCACACACCAGACCACCACAUCUCGAUAUUCCAUGGAAGCGCAGGACGAGAGGCCACAAGGCAUUGGUUGCGUGUUUCGGUAUCUCACUCAUCAUCAUCAUCAUCCAGUGGUACCGCACAGUUACCGCGAUCUUAUACCGCAGAAGGCAGUCAGCUAGCUAGCUAGGUACCGCGCGCGAGUUCGAGUUAACCGAAGGUCCGAAGUCGCGUUCGACUCGAGUGAACACUUUUACCGUCGCUGGAGUACGUUUUCGGUAACGAAUCGAACGGUUUGGAAUCAAUCGGCUGUGUUACCGCAAGUGAUUGAGUGAAAAAUGCCACACUCUGGUGGUGAAGUGUGUGACCAAAUGUGGAUUAAUAAUCAAACCUGUGCACAGACGUGAAGAAGAAUACCUUUGAGUUGGGAUAAGCUCAAAUAUAUUUGAGGAUAACAAAGCAAGAAUAUGUUGGAUUACUCAAAUAACGAAAAAAAAAACGACUUGUUUGGAAACCUGCAAAGUUAUUUUGAACAAGAAGAAAACAACAGAGUGUUGAACAGACUAGAAUUUAUUGGUGUAUUAUAUUAGCUUGACAGAAUGAAACAUAUGCGAGUGCAGUUCUGACCCAGGGCUUGAACAAUAUUGACGACAUUUUGUGCAAGUGAGUGAAACAUACCUGCACCGAAGAAAAAAUGCACUUGGCCACACCUGAAGUGACUUCCACAACCAAUCCGACAUCGAUGGAGCUCAAUGGGAACAGUGGCGGCGGAUUAAACACAGACAGUGUCAAUACCAAUGGAACCACCAAUGAUGGCACCUCAAAGCAUCAACCACUAACGGCGGAAAGUUUGGCGGAGCGAACCAUCGAAGGUCUGCUGGCGGACCAUCCCGGAGAGCUAAUCCGCACCGGAUCACCACAUGUGGUUUGCACCGUCCUUCCGAAUCACUGGCGAUCGAACAAGACACUGCCCGUGGCCUUCAAAGUGGUUGCCCUUGGAGACGUUGGCGAUGGCACGAUGGUUACUGUGAUGGCAGGCAAUGACGAGAAUUUCUGCGGGGAGCUUCGAAACUGCACGGCCAUUAUGAAGAAUCAGGUGGCAAAGUUCAACGAUCUCCGGUUCGUUGGCCGCAGUGGAAGAGGAAAAAGUUUUACCCUGACGAUAGUGAUAUCGACGGUUCCGAUCCAGGUUGCAACGUACACCAAGGCGAUCAAAGUGACGGUCGAUGGUCCACGGGAACCGCGGUCCAAAAUUCGGCACCAGGGCUUCCAUCCGUUUGCAUUCGGGCCGCAACGAUUUGGACCGGAUCCGCUGAUGGGAACGUUACCGUUCAAGUUACCAGGUUUUCCACAUCAAUUAGGUGGCAUGGCGGGCCAUUUACAUAUGGCCAACGAUUGGCGGCAGCUCAAUGGUCGGACUGCGGCUGGAUUUCCAAGUUCACAUUUUUUUCACCACCAUGCGGCCACCAAUCCGGCCCAUUUUGCACCGCAUAUGUUGGCGGCCAUCGAUCGCAUUGAGCAACAUCAGCAACAACAACAGCAGCAACUUCAACACCAUCGACAACACCCAACGGCAGCGGCAACGACGAUGGGAAUGCUCUCAGCGGUAGCCGCAGCAGCCUCCACAUCAGGGUCUACCGUUGGCAUCUUCAACAAUGAACCCGGGGGCAGCAAUAAUGACGGGGGCUCCGUAAUAAACUCGCCCCGGAUUAGCGAUUCCAAUGAUGUCCAUAACGCCCUCGGAAAUUGCAAUCCUCACAGCACAACUAGUCCAAAGAGUUCACCAAAUCCCUCCAGCGAUACCCUCCAACGUGUCUCAUCUAAUACUACCAACGCUAAGUUGUCGUCAGACGCAGACUACGAUCGAGAAGAUCUGGAAGAUGACAACGAUCAAAUCAGUGUCACCGGUUCCGAUCAAGGUAGCACUGGACAAGCGGAGAAUGACCGAAGAAGCCCUUUACUGGGAGGUGCUUUCACUUCAUUGAUACAGAAAAAUCAUGUCAAGAUGAAAGGCGGCCUGGACAUCUUCCAUAAUGGAGCGUUUGCUGCGGGAUCGUAUUCACCGCAAGUUCAGCAACCACACCCUCUGAAUCAUGCUCUGGCCGCACAGCUGUUCUUCCAAAAUCCCCUCAUACCUCAACCAAACCAUUGGUUGUACAAUCAACUGUACGGAAACUACCAGGAACUUCCAUGGUUCCGGCAAUCGCUGUUUGCGAACAACAACAAUAAUAAUAACGGCACGCAAAACAACGACAGCAAGGAAAGCCCCGAAUCCCCAAAGAGUACCGAAACCAAUGGGAACAAACGAUCGAUAACGGUAGUUUCCAGCAACGGCGAAGACGAAGAAGAUUGUUCCCCACGAAAAGCGAUUGCCAUCGAUGAUGAGGAAGACGAACGUCGGAAAAAUUCUCCUUCCGUUACGUCGACGAAGCGAUCACCGAGUCCGGAAGUGUCACCGGAUUCGCCCUGUACGGAUAGCGUUUCCAGUUUGACAGUUCUGGAGGGGGCAACAAAGCUGAGCAGAAGUCGUUCGGUAGAGAAGUUGAAUCGCGAGUUGCAGCAAGCAAAUUCCAAGCAUAGCGACGUGUGGCGUCCUUAUUAGGGAGAGGAAGAGAAAUAUUAGAGUGAAUGAUUGGUUAAUUGGAAAACGUUUCUUACAUGCAAGGAAGGUUGAAUCAAAUGCAGGAUAGAAUAUUUCAAACGUGGUUCAAAAUAUUGUCUCAAGUAAUAUGACUCAAGAAUACGAUUGAUGAACUCGAAAUAUUACGUUGAAGUUGAUUUUACAGUCAUGAUACGAUAACCGAGCUACCACGAUAUUACCCGGAUGAGCAGCAGAGAACCC